AAAUUUGAUAGGUAUUUAGACUUCCAUGCUUUCCUAAAGAAACUUUUGCCGUGUGUUGAAUGCGGAUGACUGGGUUUCUUCGUACCUUCCGUCACAACUGACUUCCCCUUUGUGGGACGCGGCGGGUUUUGAGAACGGCCCUCCCGAGGUCGAGACGAGAAAUCGUUCUACACUGGACUGCCUAGGAUACCGUUCGUAUGCUGUUGUGUUGUGAUCCACAUAUACUGGUCCCAAAUCUGCUGUUUUUCCUUUUCCAAACCGUACGCAGGCGCUUUCGAGCCUGCCGCUGGUUACGGAGUGCCCUGUUUCGCGGACUAAAGAGUCUCAUCUCCUCCUCCAUUGUGCUCUUUUCCUUGCAAGAUGGCGUCUGUAGACAGUCCGUCCAUUUUGCCUGGCCGACUGACAGGGACAGGGACAGACAAGAUAGCUGUGGUUCCCAGGAAAAGUGUGAAACGGCUCUUUGUUCAAGCAAAACUCAAACUACACCAUAAUGGCGCACGUCUGCUUCCUCUCUGUGCGUUCGUCACGAUGAUGGCGAUUUCUUUUCUCCUGUUCGACAUCUUCUCUGCAAAUCCGACCUCAGUGGCGGUGGCAGAUGCAUAUCCUUGGUUUGACGACAUGGAUGAUGUGGGUGACGAACGCUAUUAUUCGCAUUUUCUAUCGGAGAUGGAUGAUGACAGUGUAGAGUCAAGAUAUCCCCCCGCGAGCGGUGACAGUAGCGAUAACUCACCCUUCGGGCACUUCCGGAUAGACUUUCGUGCGGGCACAGGAAAGGUGUCUGGCCGAAGACGAGGGCGCCGAAGAGUACCGCCUGCCGUGCACCGCAGGGCGGCCAUGCGUCGCCGCAUGAGGAUCGACUUGCUGGCUCUCGCGGCGCUCAUCACUGCCUGUUCUGCUGCCUUCCUCUGGACUAGAAAACUUCAACUCAAGCUCCAAGAAGAAGAAGCAGCUGUCGAGGCGCUGCAGAAGGACAAACAUUCUUGUUGGAGUGGCGACCAUUAUCGUCGCUGGAAUUCUCGUAAGUUUACCUGCUGGCAGCCAGGUAGCGUAGGGAUUUGUGGUUAAUUUUGAAGUUAGCGUGGUGCCUCAAGCGAGCUGGUCCUUAAAUGCUCAUCAUUCACUCCAGCGGCAUUAUCUUAGUACUUUGGUACGGUGUGGUCUCGUAGGCUUGUGUUUCACAUCCAUGUUGUACGUUCAGUACAGUUUAGGGCACUCGUUUUAACGCAGCUUCGUACUCGCCGCGGAGACCCUUCUCACACGGAACUAACGGCG